ACAAAGUGAAGGCAAGAGCAGAACGACACACCGUGGAUACCACUUACAACAAUUUUAAGUUGAUUUGAUUGAUUAUAUUAAAUUGGAUAAAAUAUUAAUAAAACAGAGAUGGGUCAAGAAAAACUCGAGUGCGACGCCUGCAAGCGAGUGGAAACGUCAGAUAUCGCUUACUGGUGGUGCGGUGAAUGUUCCGAAAAUUUAUGUCACGAUUGUCGAAAAUGUCACGAAAAAAUGAAAACAACCACAAGUCACUCUGUUAUUUCUAUUGAUGAAUAUCUAAAACUGAAACCGGAAAUAGCAUUACAUCCGAUUCAUUGUAAUAAACACGAUAGAUCGAUAGACCUGUAUUGUAUCAAUCAUGAUAUGGCUCUUUGUCGGUUAUGCAUGACUGAAAAUCAUCGAGGCUGUUUGAAAAUGCUGCCUAUAGAAGAUGCCGCACAAAACUUUAAGAAAUCUCUACACCUUAAACAAACGCUUGAAAGCCUUGAAAGUAUGCGAGAAAUGUUACAACGACUUGCUGAAGAUAGACUAGAAAAUAUAUCGGACAUUGAACAAUCGGAAAAACUCGUAAAGGAGAAGAUAUCGACAGUUCGAGACAGAUUGAUUAAACACAUAGAGGCAUUACAUGAACAAAUUCAAGAAGAAGUGUCUAGCGUUGUCUUCCAAAAAACACUCCAACUCAAGCGUCAACACAAUGACAUUCUAGAGCAACAAGAAACAAACAAACUCUGGACCAAAAAUAUCGAAACGAUGAUAGCGAUGGGUUCCGAUAUGAACUUGUUUUUGAUGUCACAAAAGUAUAGAGACGUUCGGAAAGGUCAGGAAGUUUUCGUGAAUGAAAAUCAGAGACAAUCCCAACGAUAUCAUAUAUCGUAUCACGAAACUGAAAACAUGCUCGGCAGUAUUAAAUCAUUUGGAUACAUCAAUGUCACAACCACACAGUCGAAGGUUGCUAUGCCGACCGAUGAACCGAUGCCUCUGAAGUAUUUCCCGCUAGAUAUGAACAGGUUGCGCAUGCGAGACGGUUCAGCUUUACCGCCAUUACCGUUGAGUAGAUUAACGAAUCGAACAAAAUUCUCUCGAACUACCAUGGGAACAAAUAAAACACUAAAGCCUGAAAACUUCCGCUUGAAAAAGAAAAUUGAGGUACCGAAAACGAGAAAAAAUCUUGAUUAUGUAUGGAUUACAGGCAUUCAAUACAUUCCUACGACGAACAAAAUUCUCGUCUGCAACAGGAACGAUAACCACCUUUACCUGUAUGAUGAUUAUGGUAGAAAAAUUAAAGAAGUGCCACUUAACACAAGACCAUGGGGAAUAACUUUACUCAUGGGAACUCAAAGUGCUGUUGUUACACUACCAGAAAUUAAAGCUAUACAAUUCAUCAAUAUCAUGACAUUUGCUCCAGCUAAAACGGCUAAUGUAGGAACAUGGUGCGCAGGUAUCACCAACGUGAGCAAUCAGCUCAUCAUUGGUUGCGAUGGUUGCUUUAAAGUCUUAGAUGCUAGUGGUAACCUUAAACAUACGGUACCAGUCAAUGGCGGAAGAAUAUGGUAUAUUCAUGCCUGUAUUAACGGGACGAUUGUUUAUAGCGAUACGUACAAGGUUUAUGGUGUCACCAUUGAUGGAGGAGAGAUUUUCAAGUAUGAAAGUGAAGAUAUGGAUUGUUCUGAGGGGAUUACGACCGAUUAUAAUGAUAACAUUUAUGUAGCUGGAAGGGAUUCCAAUGAUAUUCACCAACUUUCUCUGAAUGGCGAACUCUUACGUAUCAUACUGAGUAAAUCGGAUGGACUUGUUAAGCCGUACGCGCUUCAUUUUCGAAAAAAGGCAAGACAACUUUACGUCUCGUUUGACGGGAAGUUUAUUGCUGUAUAUGACGUCAAAAAUAGUAGAUGAAUUAAACGUUUUUUAUUCCUUUUUGUUACUGUUGAUAAUAUCGGGUCAAUAUAGAAAUAGUCAAUAUAAUUUGUUUUUCUAAAUUGGUUUAAGAUUUAUAUGCUGACUAAAUGCUUAAC